UACUUCUGCCUCAGUCUGCGAUCUCUUCUGAGCCCACCAAACACCCAGGAAGAAAAUGGCCACAGCCGGAGUCGUGGUGUUAAGACUUUUCUUCGCGGCUGUCCUGAUGAGCUCCCAGAGGGCACGGGCUAUCAAAGCGGAACACACCAUCAUCCAGGCGGAGUUCUAUCUUUCCCCGGACGAGAAAGGAGAGUUUAUGUUUGACUUUGACGGUGACGAGAUUUUCCAUGUGGACCUUGAAAAGUCACAGACCAUCUGGAGACUGGAAGAAUUUGGGCAGUUCGCCAGCUUUGAGGCUCAGGGUGCAUUGGCCAAUAUAGCUGUGGACAAAGCUAACCUGAAAAUCAUGAGACAGCGUUCCAACAACACUGCAAACCCUAACGUACCCCCAGAGGUGACCGUGCUCUCCAGAAGCCCAGUGAGCCUGGGGGAGCCCAACAUCCUCAUCUGCUUCAUCGACAAGUUCUCCCCUCCCGCGGUCAACGUCACCUGGCUUCGGAAUGGACAGCCUGUCACCGAAGGCAUGUCAGAGACUGUGUUCCUCCCGAGGAAUGACCACCUCUUCCGCAAAUUCCACUAUCUGACCUUCCUGCCCUCCACAGAAGAUUACUACGACUGCAAGGUGGACCACUGGGGCCUGGAGGAAUCUCUGCUCAAGCACUGGGAGUUUGAAGAGCAAACCCCCCUCCCAGAAACUAAAGAGAAUGUGAUGUGCGCUCUCGGGUUGCUCGUGGGUCUCGUGGGCAUCGUCGCCGGGGUCGUCCUCAUCAUCAAGGGCAUGAAAAAACGCAACAACACUGCAGACCGCCGCCAAGGAGCCCUGUGAGCUGCCCAG